UAAAUGGCACAAUCCAGACAAAUGCCCUCGCCCUGCCCUGCAAUUACAAAUGUGUGAAUCCCAGUUUUCCCAGCUUUGAGCUUGGUGCUUUUAAGGAGGGCCUUAAGUCAAGAUGAGUGAUAGACCAGACUUGUCAGAAGUGGAAAGAUUUGACAGAUCAAAACUGAAGAAAACUAAUACUGAAGAAAAAAAUACCCUUCCAUCGAAGGAAACAAUCCAGCAAGAGAAGGAUCUUCUUAAAAGAUCAUGAGAUGAUCUCUUUUUGAAAAAUAAAUUUCAACAUUGACUAACA